AUGGCAAGGCCUGUAAUUGAGCUGACAUCUUUUGAAGGCCGGUGGCGGCUGCUGAAUCCCCUCAACAUCCGUUUCUCGCAGCCUCGGAUCGCCCCACACUUUCGGGACGGUCACCUGAUCAAGGAGACGGUGACAGAGAUCUUCGAAGCGCCGCUGCAGGACCCAGCCUAUGCGGGAGUUGGCAGCGUCGAUGCGGCUGCGGGAGUUCCGCAGUACGAUGCGGUCCUGGUCCCGCCGUUUCCCGCGAUCAGGGUCAUCUCCUGGCUUCCGAAGCUGCGGCGGCCAGACGCCCAUUCGGCUGUAGUCCUACCGAAACGUCAUAUCCGGCCUCGCUUGGUGCCUCCAAGCAUGGCGCUUGCCUCCUUGCUUGUGCUGUUGGCCGGCACGCGGCACUUAGUGCUCGCGGACGAGGUCUCAGAGUACGAGGGGCAGCCCGCUUUCCUCGUGCAGUCCGACAGCGGAGGUGACUUCUGCGCAACGGACAAAAUUUGUCAGGAAAUCUGCGACACGGAUUUCAUGGUGUACCCGCUGGAUGAGAAGUGCAUGGACUACUGCCACGAGGACAUCCACUACAUUUGGGACGUUUUCGACAACUCCUGCGGGGAGGGCAUCAAAGACCAGCACAAGUUCUGUGCAGACCUUUGCUAUGACGGCUUCUACUGCGGGGAGGCAACAUGUGGCCCAUGUGAGUCCAAGUGUGUGCAGGAGUUCAGCUUGGUCCAGGAGAUCUUCGACUAUUGCGCGGACUGCGAUGCACCACCUCCUACAGCGACAGACGAUUAUGACAAGUGCUACAGCGAUGAUGCUGACAAAUGCUACGACAUGGAGUGCUGGUGCAAAGAGGUCUGCGACAUCGUCAAGUGCCCGCAUUGCGAAAAGCUCUGCUACAAGAACCAGGACAAAGUGCGGUCAGUCUUCGAUCGCUACUGCGACUGCGGCUUUUGUGAUGUGACACCGUCAUCCACAGAGGAUGCAGGCUUGCUGCAGGUCCGCAUGCUCACUGAGGCGACUGACUCAUGUGGCUGCCGAAGUGAACACCAGUACUGCUUCGACCUUUGCAAGGGUCUCGGUUACAGUGGGCCCGGGCUGGGACGAUGCACCGAAGACUGCUUUUCGAGCGGGAAGUUUGGGGAUCUCUUGGAGGAUUACUGCUAUGAAUGCCACGACGACCCGCACUACCCUGAUGAUGGCUAUCACAAGGGCGAGUACCACAAGGGUGACAAGACCACCAAGCCAAAUCAGGGGUACCAUUACAAGACGACCCAGCCGUGGUACAACUACAAGACAACUCAGCCGUGGUGGAACUACAAGACGACUCAGCCGUGGUGGCACUACAAGUACUACAAGACGACAAAGACCACGACAACCAGUCCGUCCCCCACGACGACCAAGGCAUACCACCCAACGAAGAAGGAGUGGUGGAAUUACAAGUACUACAAGACGACUCAGCCGUGGUGGAAUUACAAGUACUACAAUUACAAGACAACGAAGACCACGACCGCCAAGCCGAUGGAGGCUUCCACCACGACCAAGAAGCGUUACAAUCCCAAAAACUACUACCCGGCCCCUGGUCCUGCGUAUUACUGGAAGCCCAACUCGUGGCAGCACAAAGGAAAGCAAGCAAAGGCCAAGGCCUCGUACUGGGGGAAUUGGAAGUACUAUGUCGGUGAGUCCCCACAGGGAAUGGAGGAUGCGGAGCAGUAUGUCGGAGAGUCCACUGAGGGAAUGGAGGAUGCGGAGGAGAACUCCCCCGAGGACAUGCAGGAUGCGGAAGAGGAUGUCGGAGAGUCCCCUGAGGAAAUGGAGGAUGCAAAGCAGAACUCUGAACCAGAGGCAGAAAAGGCAGAGCGGGAUGCGAACGGAGAUCAGCUCCUCGGAAAGCGGGCUUGGUUUGCCUUGGACAACCGACGGCUUUACUCACUGCAGUGCGCAGCUGCAAAGCGAUUUCCGCGGCGCUGUUGUGUCGUAGUACGCUGCAUCGAGGACGUGCCGGGUGGGGAGAGCAUUCGGGAGCUUCGGAAGUUUCGAACCACCACAGAGGGCAGGUCCGUCGAUGUUGGCGUGAGGGCCGGAGAGUGCCGGCCAUUCAGUUGGAUACAGGCGGCACCCCCUGGCGCCCACAUGGGGCGAGCCAUGGAGGUGGAAGGCCUGUAUGCGGAGGAUUUGUUUGAUGCCCUACAGUGGGCCCCGCAGGCAGUCGCGGCCGCUGCCAUGAUUGGACAAAAGGAGGAGGACUGGGGAGAACGAAAGGAUGCAGAGUGCCGAAGGCGAAGCCGCAGCCGUCCUGAUCGUCCUGUGGCAACUGCUGGCCGGGGGCGAAGUCCCUAUUUCGAGAUGCCCAACCGUUGGAGCCGGGAGAAAGAGCCAAAAGAGGAAGAGUGGCCCAGGGCUACUGGCGAGGGUGCAAGACACAACCGGUGGAACCAGGAUCGAGACCGGGGUGCUCGCGAGACUCGUGAGCGAGACAUGCGAGACAACUCCUGGCAUGGCUCAGGCAGCCGUGAGUCCUCGCUGCAGCCGCUGCCGCGGCCGGGCUACGACUGGGACCAGCGGCUGGCCCAGCUGGAGGAUGACCCGCGUUACUUCCCAGGUGCGGAACUGGGAAAGGCGCAGAAGGCCGCGAUGGGCAUCAAAGGCAUGCACGGUCGCAACACGGCAUCCUUUGACCCACGCUCCACACUGGUGCGGCCAGCCAUGCGAGUAGUAUACGGCAGGAAGAGCCAUGAGUUCGGGGCCAGCACGAAGCCUGACGACGUAGUGGUCGUACCUGAGCUGAUCUGUGACACUGGCGACUUGGCGAUUCUGAACCGCCUGGUGAAAGAACUGCAGAAGCCAUCCGCUGAGGACUUGUCUGAGCCAAGCGAAGUGCCGACGAUUCGGAGCCUUGGGGCGCGCAUGUGCCAAUACUUCCAGGUCGAUCUGGACUCCGCAUCCUUCCGCGUGCGCUGGCACCGAGCAGAUGGCGGCAAAGCUCUGGAACUGGCGUCGCCGGGGUUCGGAAGGACGAAAGGUUCGGGAAGCUGCAUGCUCAACUUGUCCCUAGGUGCGACCUGCGAGCUGGCCUUCAAGCGUGCCAAGACGGGUGAGGUCCUGUAUUUCCCGCAAGCGAACGGCACGCUGAUGCUGAUGGGCCACGAAGUCGUCAACCGCUGGCUGCCAGGGGAGUCCAAGCGCCCAGACGGCACGCACAUCUCCAUCUCCGUCGCUGGCGUCAGCCGCCAGGCCGUCGAGGAGACCGCGCUGGCGGACACGGAGGGGCCUUGCAGAGACUUCCGAUUUGGGCGUUGCACCUACGGCGACAACUGCAAGUUCUCACACGACCAGGAGAAGCCCAACAUUUCGCGGGAGGAGGUUGUGCCGCUCUCCUGGCCCGAUCGGCCCAGCAUGCGCGUCAUUACCGUACCUGGCUCGCGGCGUUAUGCAGCCCCAGUGAAACACGACGACGUGAUCGUCGUCCCUGAGUUCUUCUGCAAGGAAGACGACUGGAACACCUACUACACCCUCAUCAAGGAGAUGCGUGAAAGCCAAGCCAAAGGUGAACGCAAGGCUGAGUGGAUUCCUUGGCAUGAGGGUGCCCAUCUUCUGAGUCAAAAUCCGACAGGCUCGGCAACAUACACCAAGGUCGUGGAGCGGAUGUGUGACUACUUCAAGGCAGCUGAGGGGAAUCGCGGCACGCGCUUCAACUGGUACAGGGACGGAUCUGACUGGAAGCCCUUCCAUCAUGACUCUGCUGCGUUCAACGAAGCACGCGCUGCGACCCAGAACUGCACUGUUGGUAUCUCCUUCGGAGCCUCACGGGAGUUGGCCUUCCGGCAUGCGAAGACCGGGGAGCUGAUCUACUUUCCGCAGAAGAAUGGCAUGCUCUUCUACUUCGGCCGCGAUGCGAAUAUCAUCUGGCAGCACGGCAUCAACGCUCUGCCGGAUCAGGAGCAGGACGGGAAGGGCCGGAUCUCCAUCAUCUGCUGGUGCAUGUGCCAGCUUGGCAUGGAAGAGAAGGGCUCGCCGGGUAUGCUAACUGAUGAGUCGCGGGGCACCUUCAGCAUGCAUGGGAAGGGCAAGGGCAAGGGGAAAGGAAAGGCGGUAGAUGGAGUCUGCCGAGACUACCAGAGGGGAUCCUGCUCCUACGGCGACAAGUGCAGGUUUUUGCACAGGGGCUAA